AUGACUGCCGCAAACCACACCAACGGCCGGAAUGGCAUCAAUGGUUCGAAUGGAACCACAAUUGACUCGCUGACGAACUAUGUCGCUUUCCAGAUCAACGGAUCCGAGAGAACCUCUAUUGGCCACUACGAUCUGGAUAGUGAUAGGAUUCAACCGCUUGCUUUUGCCUCGGGUACGCUGCUCCAGAAUCUCUACCAGGUCAUCGAGAUUGGAGAAUCUGGCAUCAUCCCAUCAGGUGAAAGCAUAUCUGCUUCAUCUGUCAGAAUACUCCCACCCAUAAGUGGUCGAGAUGUGCUCUGCGUGGGCAAGAACUAUGCAGAGCACGCGAAAGAAUUCAACGGCUCUGGUUUUGACAGCUCCGACAAGGUUGAUCAGCCUACCCAUCCUGUCAUUUUUACCAAGCGUUUUACCUCAAUAAUUGCAAACGGCGAGGACAUCUACCCUCAUCCUGGCUUCACCGAGACGAUUGAUUAUGAGGGAGAGAUUGGAGUCAUCGUCGGCAAAGCCGGCCAUCAGAUUUCUGAGGAGAGUGCCAUGCAACAUGUCUGGGGCUAUACCAUCAUCAACGAUAUGACUGCUCGUGAGAGACAACGCGAUCACAAGCAGUUCUACAUUGGCAAAUCGCCAGACACUUUCUGUCCAAUGGGUCCUAUUGCUGUGCCUGCAGGAAAGCUCGACAAGACUCUGCGAGUCCAAACCAGAGUGAACGGCGAAGUGCGACAAGACGCCACCACAGAGGAUUUGAUCUUCAGCAUUCCUUUCCUGAUCAAGACCAUGUCAGAAGGACAGACCCUUAUGCCUGGAGAUGUUCUGGCAACGGGCACACCCGCCGGUGUUGGGAUCGGCAAAAAGCCUCCUACCUAUCUGAAGUCUGGUGACGAGGUCACAGUGUCAGUGGCUGGACUAGGGUCACUGACAAACCGCAUCGGCGGUCAAGACUCGUCGAACCCUACUGUUUCUACCGUUCACGCCAUGAGCCACAUUCCCUCGUCGAACAAAAAAGCUGUUGACUCCAACGGUCUGACAAAAAUCGACAACAAGAUGCUACACUAUCGUCAGCAAGGAUCUUCGUCAGGAGAGAAUCUUGUUUUCGUUCAUGGACUCGGUGGUACCAUGGAUUACUGGACGCCCUUGAUCCAAGCAUCUCGGCUGGACCAAAGCCACAACCUCCACCUGCUCGAUCUCGAAGGACACGGCUUGUCUCCAACCUCUCCCCUGAGCAGCCUCAGCAUCGAAUCUUUCGCAGCAGAUCUUAAGGGCGUCUUCGACCACGCAGGAAUAUCCUCGGGCACUACACUGUUCGCCCACUCCAUGGGCUGCUUGAUCGCUGUCAGAUUUGCCUUGGACAAUCCUGGCUUGAUCAGCAAACUCGUCCUUGUCGGUCCACCGCCAUCGCCUCUGCCCGCCGCAGCUAGCUCGGGCACCCACGCAAGAGCCUACACCGUCCGUACCAAAGGCAUGACAGCAGUGGUCGAUGCCAUCGUCACAGCAGGUACCUCUGAGAAGACAAAAUCUUCAAACCCGCUUGCAGUAACUGCAAUUAGACUCUCUCUGCUUGGUCAAGACGCAGAGGGCUAUGCAAAGGCUUGCACUGCUCUAGCCAAUGCUACAAAUAAAUUGGACUUUGCGGCUGUCAAGGCAUCAACAUUGAUCAUAACUGGCUCGGAAGACAAGGUAUCGCCGCAGCAAUUGUGUGAGGGAUAUGUCCAAUCGCUGCCCAAAGGGAGCUCGCUAGAGGUCUUGAGUGAUGUUGGUCAUUGGCAUGUGUAUGAAGAUGUCGAGGGGGUGAGUCGUGCUGUCUCGAAGUUUCUUUAG